AUGUCCAUCCAAGAGAAGAUAUCCACAGCAGAUUUGAUGGAGAGCCUUCGGGAAGAGCUCACCUGUUUUAUCUGUUUGGACUAUUUCAACAGUCCGGUGACCACCGAGUGUGGGCACAGCUUUUGCCUGAUGUGUCUCCUCAAGAGCUGGGAGGAGCAUAACACACCUUUAUCUUGUCCCGAGUGCUGGAGGACUUUGGGAGCCCCUCAUUUCCAAGCCAAUGAGCGACUGGGGAGACUGGCUAGCAUUGGCAGGCAUUUGAGAUCUCAGGUCCUGCAGAGUGAGGAUGAGCAGAGCAGUUGUGGGAGAACGCCAGGAGCCAGCAGGGUGUUCUCUGAUGAUGAACAGAGUGUAGUUAAUUUCUCAACACAAAGUCAUGGCAUGAACAGGGCAUAUUUCUCCAACGAGGCCGAGGAACAACACAAAGAAAAACUCCAGGACAUCAUCAACCUUUUACGGAAAAAGAAGAAGGAAGCUCAGGCCAUACUGAACCACGAGAAGGAGCGAGUGAUGCUGUGUAAGGAGGAGACAAAGACGUGUAAGCAAGUCGUCCUGUCGGAAUAUAUGAAGAUGCACCAGUUUCUGAAGGAGGAGGAACAGCUGCAGCUGCAGAUGCUGGACAAGGAGGAGAAACAGAACAUGAAGAAACUGAGAGACAAUGAGAUCCACCUGACCCAGCAAGUCAGACGCCUCAACAAGAUGAUCGGACGGAUAGAGUCCACCUGUCAAAACUUGACCUUAGAGUCUUUUGAGGAAGUCAGAGGAGCCAUGGAUCGGUGUGAGUCACUGUUGCUCCAGUGUCCAGAGACCACCGUCACGGAGCUGAGCCUGUGCCGUGUCACUGGGAUGAGGGAGAUGCUGAGAAAAUUCAGCACAGAUGUAACUCUAGACCCAGCCACAGCCAAUGCCUACCUAGUUUUGUCAGAUGAUCUGAAAAGUGUGAAAUAUGGAGGAACCAGACAGCAAUUGCCUGACAACCCAGAAAGAUUCGAUCAGUCUGCCACUGUGUUGGGAGCUCAGAUCUUCACCUGUGGGAGGCACUACUGGGAGGUGGAAGUGGGGAAGAAGACUGAGUGGGAAGUGGGCAUCUGCAAGGACUCUGUGAUCAGAAAGGGGAAUCUCCCCAAACCCCCUGGGGACCUCUUCUCACUCAUAGGGUUAAAAAUCGGUGAUGAUUACAGUCUCUGGGUUUCAUCACCUUUGAAAGGUCAGCAUGUCCGAGAGCCUGUGCAUAAGGUCGGUGUGUUCUUGGACUAUGAGUCUGGACAUAUAGCAUUCUACAACGUGACGGAUGAGUCCCUCAUUUACAGCUUCCCAUCGACCUCUUUCCAUGAAGCUCUCAGACCCAUCUUCUCCCCUUGUCUUCCAAAUGAAGGAACAAACACAGACCCUCUUAUCAUCUGUCACAUCUGA